AUGUCCGGAGUCACACAACUUCCAGAGACUUUCGAUGACCUCCCUAACAAGCGCCAGUAUUGGCCUGCGCCAGCCGGCUCGGAAGAAGAGGGCCUCGGCAUGUUGCGCAUCCUCACACCAGAGAUAGUCGCAGAGGCAGCGCGAACGCAGAUCCAGACCGGCGAGCGAGUAUGUUUAAACUGGGACAUUGAAAAUCUGAAUCCUCCCGGAUUCGGUCGCAAGGCCUUUGAACAUCGCAUCAAAUGGGUCGCCGAGGGCGUUGCAUUCGACGAUGAAUACCACUUCAACCCUCAACAAACCUCGCAAUGGGAUGGUUUCAGGCACCAUGCCAACAAAGACGGUGUUUUCUACGGUGGCACGACAGCCGAGGAAAUCAAAGAUACUCAAUCACCACGUAUUGGAAUCGGAUGCUGGGCAAAGAAAGGCAUUGCAGGUCGCGGCGUAUUAAUCGACUACGUCUCCUACGCCCAAAAGAAAGGCAUCUCUCUCAACGCGCUCUCUCGACAAAUGAUCUCUCUAGACGAAGUUCAAGAAAUCGCACGCGAGUGCAACAUCACCUUCCAAAAGGGCGAUAUCUUUUUCCUACGCGUUGGCUUGCCGGGGACAUGGGCAGCGAUGUCCGCCGAGGAACGCAAGACGUACAGCGAGCAACCGCUGCCGCAACACGCAGGAAUCGAGCAGAGCGAGCGAGUACUACGUUUCAUGUGGGACCAUCAUUUUGCGGCCGUUGCGUCUGAUGCAGUGAGCUUCGAGGUUUUCCCUGCGAUCAAUGAGGAGUUUGACUUGCACCAUCAUCUUUUGGCUGGUUGGGGAGUGCCGAUUGGAGAGAUGUUUGAUUUGGAUGAGUUGGCGGCUACUUGUGAAAGGUUGGGUCGUUGGAGCUUUUUUAUUUCGAGUAGCCCGUUGAAUUGUGCGCGGGGUGUGUCUAGUACGCCGAAUUGCAUGGCGAUCUUUUAG